CCGGACUAUUACUCGAACCCUGCAAACAAGGACGAAAAAGUACGCCAAGGCCUUUGCCUCUCACAAGAUAUACAGAGGACUUCAUUUCUAGGCAAUCUUGAGUUCGAUCAUAGAACACAGCAUUUCGCAUAUCGGAUCAAUCAUGUCGAAGCCCAGGCCAUCAGCGGCAUAUUCUCAGUCUGAAGUCCUGUACACAACACAGCCAUUUCUAGUAUUACCGGAUCUUAGAGUCCUUCCUGAACAAGAUGUUGACUUUCUCGAACUCAAUCGGUGCUUUCACCUGCCUGUACGAACGGUCCAAGAAGAGUUUAUCAACCAGUACUUCUUGUACUUACAUCCCUACUAUCCUUUGGUAGAUGAGAAAGAUUUCUGGGAUAUGUACAUGGGGAGAGAGAGCGGUGAUGGAAAAAGGAGGCCAAUGUCCCUGCUCGUUUUCCAAGCGAUGCUUUUCGCAGCAUCUGCGUUCGUAUCGCCAGUAGUGCUUAAAAAUGCCGGAUAUACAAGUGUGAAAGUGGCACGGAAUAUCUUCUAUAGAAGAGCCAAACUGUUGUUUGACCUUGGGGUCGAGAGCGACGCGUUCACAAAAUCCCAGGCGGCCUUACUCUUGACGUUCCAAUUUUCAGCUCUCGAACCGCACGCAGGAAGCACUUGGCUCGCUAUCGCCAUUCAAAACGCCAUCGUUGCGCAAGCUCACACUUUCCAAGCUCCUGGAUCAAGUAUAUCGCGCAAGAAGAGUAACAAGCGGCUAUGGUGGUCUCUAUUCUGGAGAGAUAGAGUCUUGACUCUUGGUCUUCGAAAACCUUUACAAAUAACGCCGUCCAGCUUUAAUGUUAGUUUAGAUCCAAUCACUCCUGGGGAUCUUGCCGAUGAAGCAGAAACCUCUGCUGUAUACGACUCUAGGACCAAGCGCCAGCUAGCAGAUAUCAUAAACUACCAAUGUCGCCUGGCCGUUCUUCUGACAGACACUCUUUCCAUCUGUUAUGGGCCAAACGCAUUCGACAUCACGUACUCGCUGGAUAAUUUCGAGCAAACCCUUUCUCAGAUCAGAACCGCCAAGAGUAAUCUCGCCCGCUGGAAGAAAGAGGCAGACAGAGCCCUCCAUCCAUUUCUCAAUGGCAAGGGGGCGCACCGUUCGACAACGCUCAUAUCAAGCGUCGUAUACAUAUAUGCUUACGCUGCCCAAAUUGCUCUUGGAAAUCAUGAGGCUAUGAUGAUUGAACAACGACAAAAAGGGAUCAAUAUCGUCGAUGACACUGUACUCCGGAAUAUCGGCAAGGAUAUAAGUUAUGCGACAACAGAAACAACGAAGCUAGUUGGAUUCAUUGUUCAAAAAGGUUUAACUCAACACCUUCCUAUAUCUGCCAUCGCGUACAUUGCGUAUCCGCUUAUGCUGAGCUCUAUUGAUGAGAGGAUAGCACCCAAGGACCUCGAAGCUGACGAAGACCAAGUUUUAACGAGAUAUCAUGCACAAGCAAUGCACCUGUGUAGCAAACGGUUUGAAGGUGCUGAAGAUAUCAGUAGAAUGAUCACUCAGAUCGUCCAGUCAACACCCAUUCAGCUACCACUACGUCCAUGCUCGAAAGCACCAGGGUGCCGGCAGUCAUCUGGAGCAGAGGGAGCAUUGUCGCCACCAUCGAAGAGUGUCACGAAAUACUGGGAUGAGCUAUUCAUCACACGCCAGUACAUGCGCCUUCGACUUUCCCUCGACUACGCCUUGAUAACUGGUAGACCACCAACGGAGCUAGACCUGCCGACAUCUAUUCUUCACGACGCGGGGAUAAAGAGGUUGGCCUACGGGCCGAUACACAGCUUGUCUGCGACAACUCUGUACUCGCCUCGCAAGCGUCGCGCAUCGGAAAGUGUUGCUGGUCUGCCAAGGGUCAUUGAGCUGGAUGAGAAACUAUCGGACGAUGAAGGGCAAGCGGAGCAUGUUGAGAUAUUGGAUGACCUGACCGCACCUAGCACUCAAAUUGUACAGAGGGAGGCGAGCAGUUUAUCAUCUCGGCCCUAUUUUGACUAUGAUGCAAUUUGGGCGGCUAAUUUGUUUGAGGAGAUUACAGAUGUACUUUGGGCUUGACGUGGUAAUGAUGGGAGGAGUUCUGUACCUCGAA